UCGUGAGCUUUGUGUGGCAAUGGAGUAUUCUCUGCCUUCCGAUGAGAUCUUAGCCAUUGUAGUGCCCAUUCUGGUUUACUGGGUUUACUCCGGCGUGUACUUGAUGCUUGGCUCCCUCGACAACUAUCGGUUGCACUCGAGAAAAGAUGAGGACGUCAAGAACUUGGUCUCCAAGCUCCAGGUGGUGAAGGGAGUUCUUCUCCAGCAGCUGGUUCAAGCUGCUGUUGCCUUCCUCGUGUUUAAGAUCACAGGUGAUGAUCACAGCGCAGCAGCCACAAGCGAUUCGGCCUCGUUUCUCUCGCUGGUGAGGCAGUUCGUCGUCGCCAUGUUCGUUCUCGAUACAUGGCAAUACUUCUGGCACCGAUACAUGCACCUGAACAAGUUCUUGUACCGCCACGUCCAUUCAUGGCACCACCGCCUCGUCGUCCCAUACUCCUUCGGCAGCCAAUACAACCACCCGGUAGAAGGGCUUCUCUUGGACACCUUCGGCGGCGGCCUCGCCUUCAUUCUCUCGGGCAUGUCGCCCAGAACCUCCAUCUUCUUCUUCUCCUUCGCCACCAUCAAAGGGAUAGAUGACCACUGCGGGCUGUGGCUUCCCGGGAACAUCUUCCACCUGUUCUUCUGGAACAACACCGCGUAUCAUGAUGUCCAUCAUCAGCUCUACGGCAACAAGUACAACUUCUCGCAGCCAUUCUUCAUCACAUGGGACAUGAUCUUGGGAACACACAUGCCUUACAAGCUGGAGAGGAGGGCUGGCGGUGGUCUUGAAGCUCGACCACUGAACCGCCGGUCUUGAUCGAUCGCCAUGAGAAUGUGUGGAACCGCUAAGCUUAGUCUCUUCAGCUUUAUGAGCAUCCAAAUUAAGCAGCUUCUGUAAUAACUUUGCUGAAUCAUAAGGUCGGAUGAAUUUUCUGACAUAAUUUCCUAAGUUAGUGACCAUUAUCAUUUA